AUGCAGCGUGUUGAUGAUAUCUUGCAGUUCAUUGCAGAUUUUACCGUACAUGUUGAAGGUGUUGGCCAUGUAUGCAGGAUUCUAGAUAACCUUCCUCUGGUUGUUCCCAUAAAACGUGUGGAUCAGGACUCUACUGUUUAUCAGCUUGGUUUCCAUGUUGGACUCAAAGGGCAAUAUAGUGGGAGCAAGGAAGAGAAGUUUUUUAUACACAACCAUUUGGCAUUUACUGUCAGAUAUCAUAGGGAUUUGCUCACUGAAUCUGCUAGAAUUGUGGGCUUUGAGGUUAAGCCAUUCAGGUUUGUAAGUUUGUUAUUGUUUUGUUCUAUGUUCUCUGCGUUCCUCAUUCUCCUCUUCAUCAACGGUAGCUUCUGUUUCUACCUCCCCGGUGUUGCACCACAAGAUUUUCAAAAGUUUAAAAUGCGUGAACCACAAAUGUGCAAUAUUGUGUGUAAGCUUAAACUUGACGCCAAAACAGCAAAAGCAUUCAAAGAAAAGAUUGAUGACGAGUAUCGGGUGAACAUGAUUCUAGAUAACCUUCCUCUGGUUGUUCCCAUAAAACGUGUGGAUCAGGACUCUACUGUUUAUCAGAUUGGUUUCCAUGUUGGACUCAAAGGGCAAUAUAGUGGGAGCAAGGAAGAGAAGUUUUUUAUACACAACCAUUUGGCAUUUACUGUCAGAUAUCAUAGGGAUUUGCUCACUGAAUCUGCUAGAAUUGUGGGCUUUGAGGUUAAGCCAUUCAGUGUCAAACAUGAAUAUGAAGGGAAAUGGGAGGAAAAAACUCGUUUAACAACCUGUGACCCUCAUGCUAAACAUACAGUUGUCAACUCCAAUACUCCUCAAGAAGUUGAAGAGGGCAAGGAAAUAAUUUUCACGUACGAUGUUGAAUUCCAGGAGAGUGAUGUGAAGUGUGAAGUAUAA